AUGGAUGCGGCGGCCGGCCUGGCGCAGCGGCUUCGGGCAGCGUUGCGGGAGGAGGAGCCGCGGGCGGUGGAGGAACUGCUGAGCCGCGGCGCCGACCCCAACCUGCUGCUCGCGGAUGGAGCGGCAGCCAUGCACCUGGCGGCGGGAGCCCGGCACCCGCGCGGUCUGCGCUGUCUCGAAGCCCUGCUGCGCCGAGGCGGGGACGCUAACUCUCGUUCGGUCGAGGCCGUGACGCCGCUGCACGUGGCUGCCGCCUGGGGCUGUCGCCGUGGCCUGGAGCUACUGCUGGGCCACCGAGCGGACCCUACACUGCGAGACCAGGACGGACUGCGGCCGCUGGACCUGGCAGAGCACCAGGGGCACCAGGAUUGCGCGCGCGUCCUUCGGGAGUUCCAGACUCGGACCAAGACGUCGACCCGGACCCGGGCAGAGAGCCAGGAGCCUGAGCCCGAGGCUGACGGUGAAAAGGGGCUGGACACCAGCCCCUCUGGACCUCCCAAUGUGACCCCGGGCUCCACAGCACUGGGCAGACGUGAUGGCAGGGACAUGGGCCUGGAGGCCAGCCCCAGACUCCCCAGCCUCCUUGCCCACCCUGAGAUUGCUGACAAGGAUGGCGGCUUGGAGUCCCCCCCAGGACUAUGGGACUACAGCUCAGAUACCUCCUUUGUCACUGCGACUGAAGCUUCUGGAACUGAAGAUCCAGCCCCGCAUACCUCCUCCUGGGCUGGGUCAUUACCCCAGACCAAGCAGGGACUCCUGCCUGGUAUUCGACCUUCCCAGAGGAUGCCAAGGUCUCCAGGUACCCCACAGCUGGUGCAUCGAGCUGCCAGGGCAGACAGGGAGGCAGAACUAAAUACCCGUCUGCGGGCCCUGACUCUGACCUCUCCAGAUGCCUCCCUCUCCACCAUAUCCCUCCCUGAUGGGAGCCCUGCCCCAAGCCCCCCUCAGGAACCACCGCCUGGACUCCCCGACUCCCCCUUCCUAAAAGACGAAGAGGUGUCCCUCGACAGUGAUGUGGCUGCCCUCUGGCUGACGGAGGACGAGGCAAGCUUCACAGGUGGCAGGGACCCUGUUCCCUCUUGCUGGUGCCCUCCGGUCCCUGCCAUGUCUGACCUGGAUUUGCUGCAAGGGCUCCGAGCACUUGGCGAGAGUCCCGGCCCCAUCACACCCUUCACUCGGCCAUACCACCUCCGACGGCUGGAAGAAGCCCAUGCUGCUCCUGACUUUUCAGGGCACAGCCCAGAGCUCGCCGAAGCCCUGCGGACAGGCUGUAUCCCAGAUGCCCAGGCAGAUGAGGAUGUGCUUGCCCAGCAGUUUGAGCGGCCUGAUCCCAAGAGAAGGUGGCGGGAGGGGGUCGUGAAGUCCAGUUUCACGUAUCUACUAUUGGACCCCAGGGAGACUCAGGACCUGCCAGCUCGAGCCUUCUCACUGACCCCCGCUGAGCUCCUUCGGACUUUUGUCCGUGCCAUCUUCUAUGUGGGGAAAGGGACACGGGCCCGGCCGGAUGUCCACCUCUGGGAGGCCCUCAGGCUCCGUCGGCAGCCAGGAAAGCAGGCCUGCCCCAAAGUGCGCCAGAUCUUGGACAUUUGGGCCAGUGGUCGUGGUGUGGUCUCCCUGCAUUGCUUCCAACACGUGGUUGCUGUGGAGGCUUAUACUCGAGAGGCGUGUCUUGUGGAUGCUCUAGGGCUCCAGACGCUGACCAACCGGAAACAAGGACACUGCUAUGGAGUCGUGGCGGGCUGGCCAGCCACCCGGCGCCGCCGCUUGGGGGUGCAUCUGCUGCACCGCGCCCUCCUUGUCUUCUUGGCUGAGGGUGAGCGAGAGCUGCGGCCCCAGGACAUCCAGGCGCGUGGCUGA